AUGGCAAACGAAAAAGCACCACCUCCAAAUUAUAGUGUACUGAUUGAUACAUUACCUAGUUGGUCUAUCGUUUUAACAUUCAUCUUCUUCUUCUUGUCAGUGUUCGGAAGUGUUGGUAUUUUAUUCUUUGCUCCAACAGUUAAACAACAUAUUGAACACAAAGUAAUAACAACUGCCGAUGAUUAUUCUAAAAUUUUAAAAGGCCAAGAUCAAUUUACUAUUCAAACAUCAAGAUUAGUUAAAUCAAAUCAAGAAGUGACAAUUUCAUUACUUUUUAGAGAAAACGAAAAUUUUGUGAGUGGAUUGAACAAGAAGGAUCUCAAGUUAAAUAUUUUAUCUAUUGAAGGUAGUAAUGAUGAUACUACUUUCCAUCCUAUUGUUUCUGAAAAAUUUACAAUUCAAAGAGCAUUACAAUGUGGUACAAGUGCUGAUUAUAAUGGAAAAAGUUAUUUCUGUGCUCCAGUGAUUGUCUAUCGUGAAAGAUAUAUUUCAUAUCCAACAUAUAGAAUCAAAGUUCAAAUUGAAAAUUUGGAUGUUUCUUCAUUAUUAAGAAGUGAUACAUUAUUCUAUAGAUUGGAAACUAUAAGGUCUGAUUUUACUACAUUUGAAUCUGUUAUGAGAUAUUUAUAUGCAGCUAUUAGUAUUAUCAUUUUCAUUUUCUAUUCUUUCAUUCUUCUUAAAUAUCAAACAUUCAGAUAUGCCAAGACUGAACAAAAAUGGAUUUUAUUUUUAUUAAUUUCAUUAAUUUUAUUCAAUAAUCCUUUAUUUAUUGGUGAAUGGUUAGCAAAUGAUUGGAUUUUACCAUUUUUAAAUAUUAUCUUCCAAUCUACAUUUAUUAGUUUCUUUUUAUUAUUUUUGAUGGUAAUUACAGCAUCAGCAAACACCCAUCCAAAGCUUCGUACUGUAAACUUUUAUAUUUGGAAGUCAAUCUUUACAUUAUUAUUCUGGUGUUGUUUGACUGUUAGUUUAUUAUUUGAAAGAUAUGAAACAUUUAGUGAUAGAUUAAUGUAUAGUUACUUGAUUGAUGCCCCAUUAUUUGGUAUUAUUAGAAUUGGUGUAAUUGGUUUGGGUGGAUUAAUGUUGCUUUACAUCUUUUAUCAAAUUUUCAAGACUUUGGGUGGUAAUGAUUUUAUUCAAUUAGCUGAGAAUUUGAACAAUACUCAACCAUUGAAUCAAGAAUUGAAGGACAAAUUGGCUAUGAAUAUUAUCUCUUAUUCUAACACUAACCAAUCCUCCGUUAGAUUCAAAUAUUUCUUUAUUUUAACAUUCUUAGUUUUAGUUGUUUUGGGUGCUAACAUGUUCUCAUUCUUAAUUUUGAACACUAGUGAUAAUGCAGUUCAAUAUUUAGGUGUUUUCCCAUUAUUGAAUUUUUACUGUAUAAUGUUGGCUAUUUACUUCUUACCAUCACUUAAAGUUGAUAUGAAGGAUACCUCUCAAUCCUACAUUACCAAUCAAAUGUUUUCCACCAAUACCACAAAGGCUCCUGCCGUUAAUGAAACUGCCUCAAAUUCUGAAAAUUCUGGAAUUGUUAUUGACUUGGGUGAUGAUGAAGAUGAUGAUGGAGAAGAUUUAAUUAUUAGAGAAGAAUAA